AUUCGAAUUCAACUUGGUUCGUCUGCUAGAGCCCAUCAAACUAUCAACUAUCGAUUUUCAUAUGACGGUGAUAAUAUCGGGUCAAACAGCUUUUAAAAAAUGGGGGGCUGAUAAAAUCGGGUGCUGAUAAAAUCGGGUCUUCACUGUUUUAUUACAAGUGUAGUUUCUAUAAGCUUUAUUGAAUGCUAUGUACAUAUACGUCAUUCAUAUGAUAAACAAAAUGAUUAUACCAACGAUCUAUCAACAAGCUUGGCGCUGAUUGCAUUGACAAAAUCUGCUAAUUCAUUCAUGGUCCAGACAAUGCUAUUACUAAAGCACUUGAUGUUCUCAAACGUUACACGAAGGAAGGUGUUAAUGCGAUCCGCAAAAAUUUCAGCCAUACUGCAGUACAUAUAACUAAACUGUUCCACGUUUGUUCGACGGUCGAAGACGUAUAACAGCAGGAUAGAUUCUACAUUCCAUGUGAAUGAAAUCGCCAAAAGCUUCUGUCAAUUGAAAGUUUACGAAAGGCAUCUCGAUAUAGAACCGAGGUUCAACGUAAACAAGUCACAGUCCAUAAGAUAACAAUUAAGUAACUCACAUAGUCAGUAUAGAGCGAACAAGCAAAACGAAAACAUUGUGUGAAUAACCUUUUUCACACGGUUCACUGCGAAAGUAGGAUGCAGCAAUGGAUAAAAAUAUCACUGAUGCUGUGUACAUUUGGCUUCCUGAAAGAAAUUCGUCCCAGUGAAUCGUUCAUCGUGGAUUACCUAGCUGGGCCAUGGCGCAACAUCACACUAAACGAGGUCGUCCAGGAAGCUUUUCCCAUCGGCACAUACUCUUACCUUGCUCAAUUGGCUAUUAUCUUUCUAAUCACGGAUUUACUACGCUACAAACCUCUGAUUGUAGUGAAUGGCCUUGCCGGAGUGAUUGUGUGGAGUAUGCUGAUAUGGACCACAUCGCUGAAUGCACUGAAAAUUCUCGAGGUGUUCUAUGGGACGUACUGUGCUGCGGAAAUUGCUUACUACAGCUACAUUUACGCUAAAGUGGAUCGAGAGCACUACCAGAAGGUUACAUCGCAUACCCGUGCAGCUAUUUACAGUGGAAAAUGUUUUGCGGGUGUUCUAGCACAGAUUUUAGUAUACUUUGAAGCAAUGGACUACAAGGAGCUCAACUAUCUCUCGCUUGCGGCACAAGUUUGCGCUACUGUAUGGGCUUUGUUUUUGCCAUCGGUAUCGACUAGUAUGUACUUUCACCGGGCAGCUUUACCGGCUGGAGUAAACGAGUUCUUGGAAGAUAACGAACACGAUGAUAAUGGCAGCAUAAGUUAUACCAAUUCCAUCAGCAAGCCUCCGCUAAAACGAAAAGUCAUUUCAGCGUUUGUACUGAUCUGGAUGCACUUCAAAACAUCUUUCACGAAUCUGACAGUGCUGGAGUGGAGCAUUUGGUAUGCGCUUGCAAUGGCAGGUUACAUACAAAUAAUAGCAUAUGUUCAGGCCCUAUGGAGUGAGGUAGAUCCCAAUCAAAAGGCCGUUUGGAACGCGGCUGUUGAGGCAACUGUAACAUUGCUCGCUGCUAUUGUUUCACUACUGGCUGGGUACAUUCAUAGCAGCUUUUUGCGACCCAGAACCAGUUUAUUUGCACUUUCCGUACUAGCGCUGGGACAAGGCGGCGCCAUGAUGUUAGCUUCAACAACCAGUCAUCUUAUUGUUUCGUAUCUUGGAUACAUGGUGUUCAGUGUCCUGUAUGCCUUUACAAUCACUGUCGUCAGUGCCGAGAUCGCGAAGAACAUAUCCGACGAUAGCUUCGGUCUUGUGCUUGGUUUCAACACGCUGGUAGCAUUGUCAUUGCAGACAGUGCUAACUUUUGCGGUAACAGAUGCCGAUGGGUGGUAUGCACUGGACGUGUUUGGGCAAUUUAUCGUCUACAGCUACUACUUUGUUGCUCUUAGUGCUAUUUAUUUGAUAUUUCUGUUGUGUGAGAUGGGCUACAGCGCUUGUUGGAGGAAGAAAUGUUAAUGUGUGCUCGUAUCUAAGAGGUACAUAAGAUAAUAUGCAGAGAUGACUUAAUUAGUUAGAUACUCACCGAUUUUGAGAAAGUUUCGUUCAAAUUAAACGUUACAUCACAUUAGUACAAAGUUAGUAGACUGGAUUGUGAUAAGUAUAGACUGAAACUAACCACUACUAUCGUAGAUUCACAAGAAAUAAUUGAAAUAUGUAUUAACAUAUAGUAGAUUCUGUAAAGCAAUUGUGCUGAGUUUUAUUUCGUUGCUGAUAGAUCAUCUUUUCGACAUUCAUAAAUUCAUGUAUUGCAAUCUCAUUUAUAUGUAACUCACAGAUUGUUUAAUUAAAAGGAAAUACUUUAUCA